AUGAAGGGGCUUAACAGUCUACCGGAAGGGAUCAUACUAGACAUACUGACUAGGGUACCAACUGAGUCUGUUCUAGAUUUCAAGCUGGUCUGCAAACCAUGGAAAGAUCUUAUUCGUCAUCUAUCCUUCUCUCAGUUGCACUUCAAUCAUCAUGAUUCCGCUGAUGAUUCUGGUAAGCCAAGUUUUAUUUUCUUAACUGGCGAGAAUAGUGAUUCUGACGAUGAAGGAGUGAAAGAACUUUAUUAUACUGAAUAUGAUGAAAAUUGUCAUGAGACACCCUUCAACAGAAAAACAAGGAUAAAUUUAAACCCUCAAGUUCAAAAUUAUUAUUUUAUUGGCUCCUCUAAUGGUUUAAUUUGCUUCAAUUCAUAUGGUGGUGUUACUUCAGAUAAUGUUAAUGAACAUCAUUAUGGACCUGCUUAUAUCUGUAAUCCAAUCACCAGAGAAUAUAUUAUCCUUCCAAAUUUACAAGGACAGUACAUGUGGAAUGGAUUUGGUUACAGUCGUUCAACCAAUGAGUAUAAGGUUGUUAGAAUCUGUUUUGACUUUGACAAACCAAAUUUUGGAAUUCCUCAAGUGUACACUCUUGGCAGUGGCAAUGUAUGGAGGAAUUUGGGAGAGUCGGACAUGAAGUUGAAAAAUAUGAAACGCCUUGUAUUAUGUGUUGAAAACAUUCUUGCUUUCAAUUUGAAUGAUGAAAAGUUUAGUGAGCUUCCACCUCCACCUUGUGGAGUUCCAGAUUUUGCUAUUUCACUUGGGGUUUUGGGUGAUUUCCUAAGUGCUACUUAUUAUAGUGAUUAUCACAAUGUCGGUGGUUGUGAAAUAUGGUUACUGAAGAAGAAUGAAGAUAAUUGUAAUGAAUUGAGCUGGAGUAAAGAGUUCAGGUUUGAUCCUUUUGACAGUUACGUAUCGUUGCCAUUUGGGUAUACAAAGAGCGGUAGGCUUUUGUUCUACGGGCAUAGUAAAAUUUAUAUUUACAAUCCAGAAGCUUCAUCAACCAAUAUGGAUGUGAAUUUUGGCAAGGUUACUUCUAAAGUAAUCAGUCACAAGAAUACCUUGGUUUCAUUAAAACCAUUAGGAGAAAAAGAUACAAAAACAAUGGAAUCCGAUGAAAGAGCAAGUGCAAGUGAGGUGAAAGAUGCCAGUGCUUAG